AUGAUCACUGAAGUUGGUGACUUCGCCUCUGAAUCGGCCUUGGUCGAUGAAAGCCCGUCACCGUGGGCCUUGGAGAGCAUAGGAAGCAGUGAGUGGUUGGAGAAUCAUGCGGUGUUAGAGAGGCUCAAUAAGGAGGCUCAUGCUCAAGCAGUAGACGGCACUGAUGAGUUCAUCAAAGACAUAUUCGUCCGGGAAGAUCGGAUCAAAGAUCUUAUCGGUGAGCUUAUUCUGAUAUGGACCUGGAAGACUCGAGCGUAUCCUCUGAUAUCGUCGAGGCUAGCCAAGCUGUCAUCAUUGCGUAAUUACGUUCCAUUGUAUCACGAGGCUACAGUCAUCAAUCUGCUCGAGGUCUUCCUAUUCCAUCAAGAUGGAGUCGAGGCUGCUGGAGAUGCUACUGUGGACCUUGUGGACUACUGCUCCUCGAAGCUAGCAGGGCUCCUUGAGCUCCAUGCGAAGCGGAUCAAACAGUCUGUGCAGUUGGCCGAAGAGAGCUCGGAAGAUCGCCGUCAACGCCUUAUCGUCCAGACCGAUCAGGACGUUUUGGAUGGCCAAUACGAUGAGAUAGAGUUCCAGGUAUGCAUGUGCACUCUGUCAAUCAUCCGCUUCCUAUGCGAGCACCGUGCUCACUGUCCCUUAACGCUUACUACCAGGCUUCUAGAGACGCAUGAUAUCCUCAUGACCUUGGUCCCUAUACUAGAGGCAGCCCCGUGGAUAAGGAAGACCUCUGAUGGGCGGGUGGAGAAAUUCGAGGACAACAAUUGGAAGCCCAUGAGUGGGGAUGCGACUGGGUCAGUGAAAAUGCCCAAGGCCCAGGGUCAAGUGUGGCUGGCUAUCUACCAGCUCCUUAUGGAUCCGGUCUGUCGGCAACAGUACUCCCUAGACUCGCAGUGUCGCGUGGACAAUCUGCUGAGGUUACUCCCAUCGCUGCGCAAGUAUCUCAACGAGACAGUCUUCGAGCAGUUGCCGGUGCUGUCUGUGCUGUUGAGGGCUCUCGAGGAGCUUGCCAUAUCAGGGCGCAUGGUCGCUGGGGUUGGUGACAGUAGCAACCCCUUUGGGGGUCUGUCGAUGUCCUCGGGGGCCGCUAGUGCCUUCAGUGUCGAGCUUGUGGCCGAGAUCAUCGAAGGACUGAAAUCGAAAUAUCGAGGAAAAUGGAAGGAGGUUGCGGAGAAUCAGCUGUUAGGGUUGGAAGCUGCUGACAAGAAGGAAGGUCCAGGAGGAUUGAAGAAGCUCUCCAGAAUGGUGUCGAUACCUGACGAGUGGCGUUUGGCCAUGGAGGAAAGCGGCGGUGAACUACAGACACCCAAGUGUCCCGAGUGCGGUAAGGAUGCAGACCAGCGUUGCACGCGUUGCAAACGGGAGUUCUACUGCUCUCGACAAUGCCAGGUCGCGCACUGGCGCAUACAUCGUGAGCACUGCCGGCUAAUCCAGGCAGGGUCCUAG